AAAAAAAAAAAGAAAGACGAGAAGCAGUCCAGUCCAAAGAGACCCUGAAUGAACGAAACACACACACACACACACACACUCAUCAGCUUUUGUUUUCUUUCUCAAUUUUCUCUCCUAAACUCAACGAAACUCACUCCCCUCCUCGUGUCCCCCGCCUCCCUUUCCCCCCUUUCUUCUUGGGGGCGUAAUUAACCACACAAAAUCCGCCAUAAACAAUACACCCAAAACACAGCCAGCCCCCUCUCUCUCACAGCAUAGACUAAGAACAACUCUUCCAGCCUGCAUUUUUUCAGUAUUUGGGAAAGAUACCAAAAACCUUUUUUACUUUAUAACAGAGGGCUCUGUUCUUAUUCUUUUUGUGGGUUGCUCUGUUUUUUGGGUUUUAAAUCGUGGGUUCUUGUUAGUUCUUUUGGUGUACUCAAUGGCGACUAUCAAUUUACCAGGUGGGAUGACCUUAUCGAAAUCGAAUACGAGUCGGGUCGUUCCGGAUCGUUUGGCGUCGGUGAAGAGUGUUAAUGAGUUGUUCUGUUUCAAAUCAAGAAGCGGCGGCUGGAAGAAAAUAGCUUAUUCAGCUCAAGUUUUUGCCGUGAAAUCCGGCGAGAGGAUUCAAUCACCCAAAAGGAGUAGUAACAACUAUGUCUCUUCCAAUGGCCCUGCUUCUGUUUCUGGCGAUUUUGCUUUGGGAUGGACAGCAGUCGAUUCCGAUCCUUGGAGAAAAACAAAAAUCGUGUGCACCAUAGGUCCUUCCACAAGCUCUCGUGAAAUGAUUUGGAAACUAGCAGAAACAGGAAUGAAUGUAGCUCGUUUAAAUAUGUCACAUGGAGACCAUGCAUCACAUCAGAAAACAAUUGACCUAGUGAAGGAAUACAAUGCUCAGUUUGAUAGUAAGGUCAUUUCAAUCAUGCUGGAUACUAAGGGACCUGAGGUCAGAAGUGGAGAUGUACCUAAGCCAAUCCUACUCAAAGAGGGUCAAGAGUUCAAUUUCACCAUUAAAAGAGGAGUUUCCACUGAAGACACUGUUAGCGUAAAUUAUGAUGACUUUGUUAAUGAUGUGGAGGUUGGGGAUACUUUAUUAGUUGAUGGUGGAAUGAUGUCUUUAGUUGUAAAAUCAAAGACAGGAGAUACGGUAAAAUGUGAAGUAGUUGAUGGUGGAGAGCUGAAAUCGAGGAGACAUCUGAAUGUGCGCGGGAAAAGUGCAACCUUGCCUUCAAUAACAGACAAAGAUUGGGAAGAUAUCAAAUUUGGUGUGGACAAUCAAGUUGAUUUCUAUGCUGUUUCUUUUGUCAAGGAUGCUAAAGUGGUUCACGAGCUAAAAGAUUAUCUCAAAAGCUGUAACGCAGACAUUCAUGUCAUUGUUAAGAUUGAAAGUGCCGACUCUAUACCAAAUCUUCAUUCUAUCUUAACUGCCUCCGACGGGGCUAUGGUGGCUCGUGGGGAUCUUGGAGCUGAACUACCAAUUGAGGAAGUCCCUUUAUUGCAGGAAGACAUUAUUAAAAGGUGUCGAAGCAUGCAAAAACCAGUGAUUGUUGCUACAAAUAUGUUGGAAAGCAUGAUUGACCAUCCGACGCCGACAAGGGCUGAAGUUUCUGACAUAGCAAUUGCAGUGAGAGAAGGUGCUGAUGCGGUAAUGCUUUCGGGAGAAACUGCCCAUGGAAAGUUCCCAUUGAAAGCGGUUAAAGUAAUGCACACCGUGGCAUUGAGGACUGAAUCCAGCCUAUCAGCUGCCAGUAGUCCUUCAAGUCCAUCAUCAAUUACAUAUAAGGGCCAUAUGGGAGAAAUGUUUGCUUUUCAUGCAACCACGAUGGCUAAUACGUUGGCUACACCCAUCAUUGUUUUUACAAGAACUGGAUCCAUGGCUGUCCUUUUGAGUCAUUAUCGACCUUUCUCAACAAUAUUUGCUUUUACAAAUAAUGAGAGGGUGAAGCAGCGGUUAGGUCUUUAUCAAGGUGUUAUGCCAAUUAAUAUGGAAUUUUCAGAUGAUGCAGAGGAGACAUUUUCUCGAGCAUUGAAGAUGCUCUUGAGCAAAGGUCUUGUAAAGGAGGGGCAUUUUGUUACUCUUGUCCAAAGUGGAGCUCAGCCAAUAUGGCGUCGGGAAUCAACUCAUCAUAUUCAAGUUCGCAAGGUCCAGAGCUAGUUAUCUCAUUUUUCCAAUUUGUUUAGAAUUGAAAGGGUUUUUCGAUAGAAGUUACAUCAGUGGUAUAAAUUGGUUUUGUUUUGAUAUCUUCUGCCCAAUAGAUACUUUGUUGGCAGUAUGAAAAUAGUUGAACUUCUGAAUGAGGCACCGAAGUUUUGAUCAUCAACGAUUUUGUAAUCACUGCUAUAGAUACAGACGAACUAGUUUUCACCUGGUCGUUUUUUUUAUUAUUACGUUUUAGUCCGUCCACUCGCCAUGUUUUUCACUUAGAAUUAACGGCAACAGUUUGAUUUGCCGAAUCCUUUGUUACGUUGCCUCCAACAGUGUUGGAAAGCGCUGCUUGUGAUCUUGUGGGUUUCAUUGGAUAAACUGUCCUUUCAUUGUGUUUGUGCAACACCAUUUGUUUGUUAAUAAAAUUUGUGCAAUACUCCUAAUCUUUGGUUGCACGAAUGUAUAUUUGCUCUCUUUUUUUUUUAUAAAUUGACACCCAAAAGUUAUUAUAAAAGCUUUUAAAUUGGAUACAUAACAUGAGUUUUGUAUCGCCAAGAAGAUGAGUAGAGAAAUAAAACAAUUCUUACAACUGUAAAAGACCAAAAUUUAUCUUAGAGGUAGGCCGUUUUGAAGGCUAGAAGCUUCUGCUUCUUCGCUUGCUACAUUUCCAUGGACAACAAACGAAAAAUCGUUCAUUUAAAGUGUAAGGGACUAGAAGUUUUCAUUUUGUAAAAUAUGAGGGAUUAUCUCUGUGAUUUAUUCCUAUACUCGUGGCGUUUUUGGCGCGUUAAUGUGUUUGGGUUAAAUUACAAGUUUCCGGGUUAGAAGCAAAAUCGGGUAUUGUACCCUAAAUUCCCGAUUCCUCGUUCAUCAUUUUUGCUUCCACACUUGCCAUUCCCCCCC